GACCCCGCGCGGCGUGUCCGCGGCCAUAACCAUCUCUCGAUUCUCCUCACGCACCGCACCGCACCGGCAGGCCGCUUCUCACCGCCCGCCGGCUUCCAAGCGCAACCAGAAAAGCAAGCCAUGUCGCCGUGGCGCGCCGUCGCAUCCCGCCUCUCCGCCCCCCACCUCCUCUCCAGGGCCUUCUCCAAGCCUCCGCCGCCUCUUCCCCAGCCUCUGUCCAGGACCUUCUCCAAGGCCGCUGCCUCCGCCGCCGCCACGUCGCACAGCCCUAGCGCGGCCUCCUCUGCCGGUCCGAGGCCCGAGGUCCGACUGAAUUCUAUGUUCCUGUCCAAGCCCUCUUCACUGGCAUUGCCUCCUGAUUCUCCUCUUAGAGCAGAAGAUCCACACUAUGAGGGAAUUAAGCGCUUGAUGCUCACGUUGCUGCUGUUCUACAGUAAGCAAAGCAAGUCCAUCAGAGGAGCAAACGCUGUUUAUCACCGCAUCACUUCUCAUGUUGACAAGCCUGACAUCUAUGAAGUGUUUCAGUUGGAGAAAACAUUUAAAACAACAUUUUCAUUGCUUGUUCUCCAUAUGUGGCUCGUUCUACGUCGCUUGAAGGAAGAAGGAAAGGACGGUGUUAAAUUUGGACAGUACAUCUAUGAAACUUACAAUCAUGAUGUGGAGCUCAGAGUUUCUAAGGCUGGGGUCAACUUGCUAUUGACAAAAUGGAUGAAAGAGCUAGAAAAAAUAUUCUAUGGGAACAUUGUGAAAUAUGAUACUGCAAUAAGCCCAGAAGCAAGCCAGGAUGAUCUUGUAAAUGUCAUCUGGAGGAAUGUGUACGCUGACGAAGGUUCAGAGCCCAUGGACGCAGCUGCUACCCCUGCUGUCCAGGCAUUGGCAAGAUAUACUCGGAGGGAGGCAACUUGCCUAUCAUUGACAGAUAAAGAAGCUGUGUUCUCUGGCAACUUCAAGUUUACGGCCGUUUUGCCAACCGUCCUCAGCCCAGUGAAGCGACGGCGAUGAGCGUUGGCAUUGGUAGAUCAGUAUUCCAUAUGAAGGCUGACUGGUAUACAUGGACAAGGAAGACUGGAAGUCCUAUCAUCAUUACAAAUAAUAGGAAAUUUCCAGUAUUUAUUUAUGCACGAAUCUCAGCAUUUCGGGCCAUUUUGGUGGCUAAACCUGCCUCUAGCUAGAAAUCUCCUUUAUGUUUAUCCUCUAUGAGCAUUGCAUUGAUGGCUGCCCUUCGGAAUGGAGCACACGGUGGAAACGUUUUCCUGGUUGAAUGCGUGUACUAGUAUUUUACCAUUUUCAUUGCUGAUUUGGACUUGAGAUCA